CCCGACCCCCCGCUGCGUCCCCUGUGCUGCGCGUCGUGCCACUCACCCCUCCCCGGUGCUGUUCCCAGGCGUGGGCUACGGGAUGAUGGUGGUGUCCACGUACAUCGGGAUCUACUACAACGUGGUGAUCUGUAUUGCCUUCUACUACUUCUUUGUGUCCAUGACGCGCGUGCUGCCCUGGACGUACUGCAGCAACGCCUGGAACACGCCCGACUGCGUGGGGGUGCUGGACGGGAACCUCUCCAGCCGCGCCGCCCUCAACCUCACCCGCUUCCUCAAUGCCACCCAGAAGCGCACCAGCCCCAGCGAGGAGUACUGGAGGAGGUACGUGCUGGACCUGUCGGACGACAUUGGGAACCUGGGCGAGGUGCGGUUGCCCCUCCUGGGGUGCCUUGGCGUCUCCUGGGUCGUCGUCUUCCUCUGCCUCAUCAAGGGCGUCAAGUCCUCGGGGAAGGUGGUGUACUUCACGGCCACCUUCCCCUACGUGGUGCUCACCAUCCUCUUCGUGCGUGGCAUCACACUGGAGGGGGCCCUCACCGGCAUCAUGUACUACCUGACACCCCAGUGGGACAAGAUCCUCAAUGCCAAGGUGUGGGGUGAUGCGGCCUCACAGAUCUUCUACUCACUGGGCUGUGCCUGGGGCGGGCUCAUCACCAUGGCCUCCUACAACAAGUUCCACAACAACUGCUACCGGGACAGCAUCAUCAUCAGCAUCACCAAUUGCGCCACCAGUGUCUAUGCUGGCUUCGUCAUCUUCUCCAUCCUGGGCUUCAUGGCCAACCACUUGGGUGUGGAUGUCUCCAAGGUGGCUGACCACGGCCCCGGCCUGGCCUUCGUCGCCUACCCUGAGGCCCUCACCCUGCUCCCCAUCUCGCCCCUCUGGUCCAUCCUCUUCUUCUUCAUGCUUAUCCUCCUGGGGCUGGGCACUCAGUUCUGCCUGCUGGAGACACUGGUUACGGCCAUCGUGGACGAAGUGGGCAACGAGUGGAUCAUCCGCAGGAAGACCUUUGUGACGCUAGGGGUGGCCGUGGCGGGCUUCCUGCUGGGCGUCCCACUCACCACACAGGCGGGCAUCUACUGGCUCCUGCUGAUGGACAACUAUGCUGCCAGCUUCUCCCUGGUCGUCAUCUCCUGUAUCAUGUGUGUGGCCAUCAUGUAUAUCUAUGGGCACCGCAACUACUUCAAGGACAUUGAGAUGAUGCUGGGCUUCCCGCCUCCCCUCUUCUUCCAGAUCUGCUGGCGCUUCAUCUCGCCUGCCAUCAUCUUUUUCAUCCUGGUCUUCACAGUAAUCCAGUACCGGCCCAUCUCCUACAACGAUUAUGUCUACCCUACCUGGGCCAUCAGCAUCGGCUUCCUCAUGGCGCUCUCCUCUGUUAUCUGCAUCCCCAUCUACGCCAUCUACAAAGUGUGCCGCUCUGAGGGGGACACGCUGCUGGAGCGCUUGAAAAAUGCUACCAAGGCGAGCAAGGACUGGGGCCCGGCGCUGGCAGAGCACCGCAGCGGGCGCUACGCCCCGGUGCUCAGUCCCUCCACCGAGUCCCAC